GCAUGUCGUCAAAUAUUUGACGACUCCCAGCUGAGCUGAUGUGGAGAACAAUUUUGCUGUUUAUAUUUCUUUGAGAACGAGAGUUGUGCAGCUGUGACCUACGCUGCGUUCCCUGUGUUAGAAAAAUGGCUCUUGUCUUGCGCUGCAUUAGGUCGCGCUUGCCGAUUCUAGUGGCAGCUCGUCAUGCCAGCGGUGGCCCAGAGCUGGGUCGAUUCUCCGGCAAGCGAGCAAUAGUCACUGGAGGUGCGUCUGGAAUUGGCUAUGCUUGCGCUAGGCGACUGGGCCUUGACGGAGCCACCGUGGCAGUGUUCGAUAUCAACAAAGAGGCAGGAGUCAAAGCCGUGCAACAACUCCGGAGCGAAGGCAGUGAUGCACACUUCUAUGAAUGCGACGUUUCUGAGAAAUCUACAUGUGCCGAGCAGACAGAAGCCUUUGCCAAAGCUGAGGGAGAAGGCAAGGUUCACUUCCUGAUCAGCAACGCUGUGUACUUUGGGUCUCAAGCCCUGAAGGCUACAGAUAAGGACUGGUCCAAGAGUAUGGCUGUCAACGUGGUGGGCGCUUCCAACAUGGUCCAGUCAUGCCACCCGUUUAUGCUUGCCGCCGGAGGUCGUGGCUGCUCUAUUGUCCUCCUGGCCAGUGUGUCAGCGCACAGAGCACAGCCUGUAAGGUGGACGUAUUCAGCCACCAAAGGUGCCCUACACAUCAUGGCUAAAACAAUGGCACUGGACUUGUCUGCUGAUAGUAUUCGCGUCAACAGCAUCAGUCCUGCCUGGAUCUGGACGCCGGAGGUCAGCAAGGCCGCUCAAGGAGACCGCAAGACCUGGGAGCCCGUUUGGGGCGAGCCGUUCCACAUGGUGCGGCGCUUUGGUGAAGCAUCGGAAGUUGCAAGUGCUGCGGCCUUUCUUCUAAGUGAUGAUGCAUCAUUUAUCACCGCCACUGACCUGCCUGUGGAUGGUGGAUACAUGGCAAUGGGACCUGAAGGGCUUGGCGAGAAAUCAAAGUUUGCUGGUUCAGAUGAAGAGUAGUUGGAUCAAAGCUGAACGGUGCUCUGAUGGUCACAGUGGUCAUCAGAUAAGAUGUCGGUUGUGGACAAACUUACCGGUAGCUAUCUGCAACGUUUAUAUUUCGUUCUCUCUUGGUGUUCUUGCUAGCUAUUGGCUGUUAGUUCUAUAUUUAGGCCUCAAUUCGCAGUAGAUAUUUUAGAGGUAUUUUAGACUCUUGUAGGGUAUGCAGUCAUGUACAUUAACACAUUGCAAGGAAAUUACAGUAGACUUCUGGACUUUGAUUAUAUUUGAUAUAUUUUCGGAUGGAGGUAUUUUUAGUUUUAUUCCAAGCUCUGAAUUUGUUGUCAUUUCACGGGACAUGCUGGCCAGUCCAAUAUGAAGAGCUUUAAGCUGGUCUUCAAUGCUCACCCAUUUUAUUAUAUUCACCUUUUGUGGGGUUUCCCUUUCUUUCCCCCUCUCAACGUGAGGCAUUCCGGUGUGUACUUUUUGGACCUGUCCUUUUACUGGUACCCGUGAACUUGCAAGUAACUAUUGUUUUUCUUUGGUUAAAACUUAAAACCCUUCAUUUGCUGUUGCUUUCGUCAUACCGGUACUGGAAAAAUGAGUAAGAGUAAUCAA